GCCAAUAAGUCACUGUUAGGAUAUUUGUUGAGGCUACCAAGAGAUAUCGCGCACCGCACCGACUCCACAUUGUGGAGACUAUCAAUAAGGUGCUGUAUGCAUGUGUAUGGAUGGGUGAAGCAGUAAAUGAAGUCGCAGUCUGCAUCAUAUCUAUUCGAAUAUCACGAAUAGUUUCAUCUAUAUCUGCGUGAUAACAGCCCUGGUUCAAGGUGAGUGUUGUUUAAUCACGUUCUUGUUUUGAAUCAGUUUGAAACAAAAAUUCAGUAUACUUGCGGCUGUAACGGUUAGUAUUCGAUUUCUUGUCUUGAUUUCUUCGAUUUAAGAUGGAACAUGGUGAAACAGUUUUCUUUCGAGUGUUUUGUUUAUUUUCUACUGGGAGACAAACUGUGGCCUUGGGUCAGUGAUUACGCAAAUGAACUGACGCUCUACAAUAACGAAGACCUGAAUAAAUUCAUUAAACCAAGUCAAUAACUAAAGGCCAAUACAUCACCGUAAUAACAUUCAAACUACCCCUGUAUUUCCUAUAAUCUUUGUGGAAAAAAAGGCUUACAUAGCAUUUUUAUACGCCAUACUAGCAAGAGGAAGCUGAGGAAGCAUUUGGAAGGCGAUAGUGACAUUCUUGGCCAUUUUUCGCUCAGUUCUUAUUUCUACCAAUCAAGCUUAUCUAUAAUCUGUUAUUAGGCAGAUUAUGAUAGGGUCAUCCUUGAAUUUCGAUCACCGCGGAACAUUUACAAAGCCUCCGUGCGAGAUUUAGAAAUAUAUACCAAUACAUGACAAAAAUUUAUAUUGAGCGGAAAAUUUUUUGCACUAUUUGCUUGUGUAAUUAAAAUCCUACUCAAGAGCAGGAGCCCCCAAAUCAUCAUUUGAUGGGCUCCUGACAAGAGGCAACUUUACUGCAACCGUCUCCAACCUGCAUUUCAACACAUUUGUCUUCAAUGUUACCUAAAAGGCAAAAGAAUGGCCAUAAAGGUCCGUUAUAACGAGGAUGAAAAAAACUAUUCUGACAGUUAACUGGUUCACUGCGAACUAUCAGGAGUUAGAUAACAAAAAAGACCUCUAGCACCAAGAGUAAUCAGGCAAGAAUUUUUAUUGAGAUAUUUGUCGCAUUCAUAUCGCAGAGUUGACGGAAAGUGACAACAUCAAACAAGAACUCUAUAGAGCCUCUUCUUUAAGAGCCUAGAGGGGUAAAAUGGCCUGGGAAAAUGCAGGAAUGUGAUGAUCGGGGGUGAUCGAAUGGGUGCAAAAGUCAAAAAAAUCCUCAGGGGUUCCAACAACAACCCAAAAAAUCUCUGCACCCAAAAUUAGCCUACAAAAAAAUCCCACAUCGAAUUUUCGAGCCUUAAAAAAUUUCCAGAAAGCAAAACAAGUUCGGUUGUACUUGUAAUAUUCGCAGAAUUGUCGCGGCCUGGAUACGCGGGCACUACCACAAAUCUUCAGGUUGUUUUUACUUCCCCAAAAAAAUCCCCACUUAAAUAAAAGCCACCAAAAAAAAAAUACCAGCCAAAUUUUCGCACCCAAAGAAAUCUUCGAUGUACCCUGCGAGCAGAGGUUUCUCUCGUGCAUGGCUUUUAGAGUUAACAAAGUCCUUCGAGUGGCUUGUCUGUCGCGUAGUUGGCUUGCUUUAUACGCCCAGUAAAGAAAACCAACUACGCGACAGACACGCCACGCGAAUGACUUCGUAAACGCUAAAAGCCAACCUCUGCUCGCAGGGUACCUUCGAUCAUCCCGGUCACUAGAAAUCCAGAGUACUCCCACAGAUGGGCGUGUACAGCCCCCUCUCCCUCACGCUAAUUGUGAUCCUUUUUGUUUACAAUUAUUGAUUUUUUGUGGCCAGCAAUAAAAAAAGAAUAAAUUUGUUUCUGUUUUAAUACUCCAAAGGCAAACAACAGCCCAGUGCAACGGAUGAAAGAUUAUGAAAAGGAGACGACUGUUUAGUGAUACAGAAAACUGCAGCAACGAACCCGAGAUCGAUGAGACUAAGCUGCCUGCAGAGCGUCUGUUAAAAACAAGGGAUCUUCCCUCCAAGGUGAAGCCUUGCGAGGAAGUACUUUUACUUCCGGUUGACAUUUUGUUACUGACAGUGGAGGACUGUGAAUUCCUAAGUUGCGUUUCUCAUCUAAAUCCGGGAUACAUUCGGAGUAGUCAUGACAACCUUGGAACGGUGUACUUCGGGUUGAUGGGUACGGGUCCAUCCUUGAAAAUAGCUGUGAUGAAGUGUUAUCCAGGCCCUCUGACUCCGGGAGGUGCCUUAAUAACUGUGACAAAUGGUGUUAAAGAGUUAAGACCCAAAGCGGUAUUUUGCGUGGGAUUCUGCGCUGGCUUAGACCAAAAAGUCAGCUUGGGAGAUGUGGCAAUUUUAGCGAAGCUGAGAACAUACUCUUCUGUGAAAGUAACGGAGAGUGGAAUUCAAGAGCGUGGCAUUGCUGUUCCGUUGGAGAGGAAUCUUCUGAGCCUCAUUAAAAACGCUGAUGACGGCUGGAAGGCGCCGCUAAAAGGUUCGUGGGAGGUGAAAGUAUGGAAACAUGGCGUGUAUUUGAGCGGACCAGAGAAGAUAGAAAGUAGAGAACGACGCAAGGAACUCGUACAAAGAUUCCCGGAUGCGAUUGCUAUAGAAAUGGAAGGGCAAGGUGAGAAUUUGGCUUAAUCCCGUCUGUGGAAAAACCCUUCCAAGUAACUGUUCCAUAACACCCCUCUGUAACACACCCAGUGAAACCCUACCGAGUCUUCCCAGUGAUAAUUUAGCCUCCCCAGUCUGUCUGUACUGGCUAAUUUUUUGCUCCCCGGGUCACUAUUGUGACUCCUACACUGAACCAGUGUAUUUCGUUAUUCAUAUUUGUUUGAUAGGGAGGCAAAAAUAAAAUACUUAAUAAAGAUAAUCGAUCUCGCAUAAGAAAGUCUAAAUCUUUUAGUUCUUAAUUCUCGCUUAAGCAAUAUGUAAAAGGUUUUAAAGGUUUCAUGCACAGUGAAGAUGCAAGGCCUGUCAUCCGUUUUAGCUUUUAUGGGAGAUACACAACUAAGAAACCCAGUGGAAAAUCAGCCAACCCAGUAACGUUUUCUCCGAGGACCCGGUGAAGAUAUAGAUUCUAGAGGGGUGUUCCAUACGACUCUGUUCCAAAUGAACAUUCUUGGAUCGGUUUUGGUUCAUCCCUUCAGCCUCUCACUGAGAAGGGAGAGGUCGCUCCUAUCGCUGGAAAGGUCCCAACUCUUUACUCUAUUGACUUCCAUUGAAGUCUUAUUUACAGAGUCUUUUGCAGGUCUGUUCUUAGCCGCACACGACUUGAAGAUUGAAUGGAUUGUUAUCAAAGGCGUCUCUAACUUUGCUGAUGGCAGGGAAUCUAAGUCUUGGAACGAAUUUGCGAGCGUAAUGGCAGCUUCACUGACUGCACACAUUCUAAGUAACCCAAUUGUUUUUCAAAACUGGCCUCAUUAUGAGGGUGAGUAUGCAGUAGCCUAGUCCCCAGUCCAGUUCGCGCCAUCCGAGUGAGCGGAGAGGGCUUAGAAUCAAAUUCUCCCGACAAUGACUGGAAACGAGGCUCAGUAUGCAGGUGUCACACUUCUGAAGGUUCGAUGGCCGUGAGCAAUAAAAGGGAGUUCCACAUAUUACUUAGAAUCUCACUUUUUUUUUCCACUGAAAAUUUUUAAAGCAGGAAUUGGGUAAACUUACUAGGAGUUCGUAUCUCACAUCAACCCUCGCGCAACUCGUUUUAUUAGUAGCGCAACGUCAGGCACGCAAAGAAUCUUAGGUAAAAUAGCUUGUAAGCUACGUAGCGACGGGGUCGAGUAAGUUUUCGUAAAGAUUUCUGAGACUGUAACUAGGGACAAGAAAGAAUAGCCAAUAGUGUCCCCAGUAACGAUUGCAGAAACAACUGCGGGACACAUUUCGGCCCCAUUCCCCUUCCCGUUUCUAAGUGGCGGUUAUAAUCAACUUUUUUUUGGUGGGGGUGGGGGGGGUGAAAAUAAAUCAAUAAACUGGCAAUGCUGCUUUGGACAAUUCUAAUGGAGUUUAUUUUUUGACAUACCUGCUAAAUGAAGGAUGGACUUUUUUGCUUAAUGAAUCAGUAAAAGAAAAAAAGAAGAAGAAAAACGGGGGCAUUUUUGGUUUAAGAGUUUGGCAAAAUAAAGCCUUACUUGUGACAUAGGAAAUAAAGUGAGGGAGAAAAAGCUCGCAGAGUGGAGACACUGAUAAAACUUUCAAUUUCAAUUCCACUAAUCUAACGAUGCAAAUCUUAAUUUCAGGUGAUUGAAGGCCUGCUUAUGGAGAGCAUGAAUUUAAAAAAUGAG